GCGGCUGUGCCGGCGGUUCGGGGUGCUUCCCUCCGCCGUUCCAGCGGGGCGGCUCGCGAGGGAGGCGGCGCCAUGGGGCUGCACGGCGUCAAGGCGGUGUUCUUCGACCUGGACAACACGCUGGUGGACACGGCAGCGGCCGGGCGCCGCGCCAUCGAGGAGGUGAUGAGCGCCCUGCAGUCCAAGCACCACUACGGGGAGGGAGAGGCGCGCGCCGUCUGCGACAAGGUCCAGGCCAAGCUCCUCAAGGAGUGCCACGAUCCCGCCAAGAUGUGCAUCACCGACCUGCGGAUUUCGCACUGGGAGGAGGCGAUCCAGGAGACCAUCGGGGGGGAGGCGAACCGCGACCUGGCGGCCGAGUGCUAUUACCUAUGGAAGACGACGCGGCUGCAGCACCUGACGCUGGCCGAGGACACGCGGGGGAUGCUCACGGAGCUGCGGAAGAGGGUCCGCCUGCUGCUCCUCACGAACGGCGACAGGCAGACGCAGAGGGAGAAGAUCGAGGCGUGCGCCUGCCAGCCCUACUUCGAUGCCAUCGUUGUGGGGGGAGAGCAGAAAGAAGAGAAACCGGCGCCAUCCAUAUUUCAUUACUGCUGCGAUCUCCUGGGGGUGCAGCCCGCAGAGUGUGUGAUGGUCGGUGACUCUCUAGAUACAGAUAUUCAAGGAGGCCUGAAUGCUGGCUUGAAAGCAACGGUCUGGUUAAACAAAGCAAUGACCACCCCGGUAGAUACCUCCCCUGUACCUCAUUAUAUUAUUUCUUCUGUUCUGGAUCUUCCAGCGGUUUUACAGAAGAUGGAGCACAACAUUAAUGCUAAGUUAGGAACUGACCAUACGGCUAGUAGCAAUGAAGCACAUUGAUGGUUCCAGCAUACAGAGACCUGCUGAGCUGUUAGGUGACACAUGCUCUUUUUAAAAAAAUUGACCCUAGGAGUUUGAACUCAUGUAUGGAAUGCUCUUUUAAACAGCAAAUGCAUGAAUAAGAGCACAGUUGUCAGUGAAAACAGGAUAGAAACACAAAAUUAUAUUAGUUUAAAAAGAUGUUAAGUGCAGUUAAUUUAAAACAACUGCCUCUGCCUGGAAACUAUUUUGACAGACUGUGGUAAAAGUCUAUCUGUCUCUUACCUAAGUUGCCAGUCUCUUGUUUUUAUAAUGGAAAAGGAAAUGUGAAUGUUUUGAGCUUUCACAUUCUUUGCUGACUUGUAAGUUGAGUAGAAGCUUCAGUGCCGAGCUUGUGUGCAGUGUGUAAGAGAAGAUGGGAAAGAGAGUCUGGUACAAUCUGGUAAAUUUUCACAAUUGAUCUACAGUUUAUCUCAGGAACUGGAGUGAAUUUUGCUGUUUCUCAGACCAUUAGAAAAUGCUCUUUUUUUUGAUUUUUUUCAAGUUUUAGAUUUUUUUUCCAACUUUGCAGUGAGUUUUUGUUUAUGAAAUCAGUACCUCUUACUGUAAGUACUUAAAUGUACAUUAAAAAUUGGCAUUUUUAGAGGGGACCUUUUAUCAGAGGGACUUGAUGAAUAAGCUUUUACUUUGUAUUAUCUUGGUGCUUAUGCAACUAUGCAGUAUACUUGUGAUUCAGAUUAUGAUUUUUGUUGGAAUGUAAUUGAUAAAACAGGGAUAUUUUCAAUCGCCUUACUGUACUGUCAUACUCUUCAAAUGCUAAUAUUAUUGUUCUGUCUGAUUUUAUUAGUGAAUUUUGAUCAGACUUUUUGGAGAAACUGUUCUCGGUCUUGCUCAGGUGUAUGACUACUCAGAAUCAGCUGUAGGAACAGUGCUUUUUUUGGACUGUUUUAAUGGCACUGCUGUAUAAUCCCUCCUUACUCCAGUUUCUACAGGUAAUUCAUGUGAUUUAUUCUGGAGAAAAUAUAAGGUAGUUUUUUAUAAAUGGCUUUAUGACUCCCUUUCAGGAAAUUGGAGAAUUAUGUCAUAUGUAUUACAGUACUGUGUACAACUUUAUAAGGUAUGUGUGAUAUUUCCUCUAGAUGCAGGAGAUGACUCUUUAAACAGUAACAUUUCUCUUUUCCAGAUCAUUAUAUUAAUUUAUUUUUUCUGUACUUCAUAUUACUAUAUAAUGGGAAAGUAACCUCAUAUUAAAUGGAAAUGUAAACGCUUGUUGGAAAA